CCAGGACAGUUUCUUCCGCCCGCAGGAACCGAUCGCAACGUUGUAGCCAGGCGCCGCGGAGAACAAAGCUGCGGUGACUCACCCCGGGAGGGCGCGGCUAGUCUGCGGGGGGGAAGGGCCCCAGGUGACUUCAGCCCCCACGGAUCUCAAAGCCAGCGGGCCCCGAUUCCCAGGCAGUGCGCUGGGGAGGAGCGGCUCAGCACGCCGGCUGCCCCGGGAAGAGAGGACAACCCAGCGCUCUCACCGCAGCAGCUGGGGCCAAGUGAGAAGGCCUCUCCAUGGCCCCUGCAGCUCCAGCGGGCACAUCCCAAAGCAAUGGCUGAAACAAAGCUCGUUUGAGUUAAGGACUUGAGCAAGGCCGAUGCAGACAGGUGCCCCGGACCAUGGAGAGUCUUCAGUGUUAAACCCAAAGAGGUCUCGGCUCCUCCUGCUCUGCAUGGGGCAGAGAAAGGAGCAUGUGGGGGACUGAGUGCUGCAAGGACCUUCCUGUUGCUUGAAUCUGAGCCCGCCGCCUGGAUCCCCCCCGCUGCCCGGAGAGCCGAGAAGCUCCAGCAUCACCCAGAUGGUGUGGCAGUUUAGAGCAUGAGAAUUAACUGAAGGAGCUUGAGUUCCAGUAUGUGGUACAUUAUGCAGAGCAUUCAGAGUAAAUACUCUUUGUCAGAGCGAUUGAUCCGAACUAUAACAGCCAUAAGAUCUUUCCCGCAUGACAAUGUUGAAGAUCUUAUAAGCAGGGUCAACGCCCUGGAUGGGUACAACCGAACUGCCCUUCAUUAUGCUGCAGAAAAAGAUGAGACCUGUGUUGAGAUCCUGUUAGAAUACGGCGCAAACCCCAGUGCACUGGAUGGGAACAAGGACACGCCCCUCCACUGGGCUGCCUUUAAAAACAACGCGGAGUGUGUCCGAACGCUUUUGGAGAAUGGCGCCUGGGUUAAUGCUCGGGAUUAUAACGACGACACCCCCCUGAGCUGGGCCGCCAUGAAGGGAAACCUGGAGAGUGUGAGCAUACUCCUGGAUUUCGGCGCGGAGGUCCAAGUGGUUAAUUUGAAAGGCCAGACGCCGAUAUCGAGGCUGGUUGCGUUGCUGGUCAGAGGACUUGGUACUGAGCGAGAAGAUUCUUGCUUUGAUCUUCUUCACAGAGCAAUUGGACACUUUGAUUUAAGAAAAAAUGGUGAUAUGCCGCGAGAGGUAAUGAGAGAUCAGCAGCUGUGCGAGAAACUUACCCUGCUCUGCUCUGCCCCGGGCACCUUGAAGACGCUGUCUCGCUACGCCCUGCGGCGUAGCCUGGGGGUCCGGUUCCUGCCAGCUGCAGUGAAGGAGCUGCCGUUGCCUGAGUCCCUGAAAGACUAUCUCUUGCUCCUUAGAUAAGCGAGAGGUCACUUCUAGGGAACUCUGCGCUUGGGUCACUGCCCCGUUGCUUGUGCUUUAUGGGGAUGCCAGUAACAUAGCUAGUAUUGUGGCUUGACCCGGGACAUCACAGACACGGGUCCCCUCCUCCUCACGCUGAUGACAAGUUGCAACCCAGGAUUACUCCAGGCUCUGGGGCUCCCUCUCCUGCCACACUCAGAGCACCCUGCAGUAUGGUGACAGCCAUGGUGACUCAAAAGAUGGGAGGAAAACACUUGUGCUGUUUCUUCCUGCACAGGCCUCUCCUCCUCCACCCUGAGGAGUUCAGCACCAAGCCUGCAGCUGUCUCCCAAGACAUAGCUGAACAGAAUCCAUCACCUGCCCUGCCACUGGGAGACGCAUCAUCUUCCUGCCUUCCGGAGACGAGGUGGGCUGUAGCAAGAGGGACACGCUGGGAUUAGGUGUGGAGAUCAGGAAAGGGGGGAGGGGUCUGCUGCUGUUGGAAGGAAUUACGCUGUGGAGGAUCCCGGAUGGUUGCCCUCGCCUGUUGGAGUGAGUGAGCUGGUACCAGUUGGCUUCUGUGCUGUCUGGAGUGUGUCUCCCGGGUGGCAACCAGGACUCCUGCUUGCAGAAUUGUUCGUGUUAGCGAGCGCUCCUGCCCCCAGCGCACACAGACCUUGGAAGCAGAGCUGCUUCCCCCAGGGUGUCUGCUGCUCAUUCGUGCUCUCCACUCUGCACCUCCUGUGGCAAAGCUGUGCCACGCUAGCAUAGGGCCCAGCUGUGGAAAGACGGAUCGGAGCAGAGAUGGGUAACUGUAGGGAAGGGCAGCCCUUACGCUGUGUGGCAAGACACAGGGUUUUCCUUUACCGCACACUAGGGCGUUUCCCCUACCCUCGAUCCUAAGAUGCAUCAGCUCUUAGCGGUGGGGGAAGAUGUUUUCAGUGUGUUCCUAGCAACACAACUAGCAUGAGAGCCGGCUGGUGGGGGCUGGGGGAAGCCAUUGGUGCCCCGUAGUAACAGCAUGAGGGACCUCCUGGCUCGCCGCUGCUGCACAGUCAUCAAGCAGGGGGUAGAGCGCCAUGCAGCUGCUGGGAUCUGCCAGCGCUUUCCAGAGUCACUGAACCACAUUGGCUCUGGCUGACUCCAGUGGAGAUGGCACUUGCCCAGGGCUGUAGUAAUGGUGGCUAUUAAGCAGAGCUGGGGGGGUAAUAAAGUAAUGGGAGUCUUAACAAUGGGGUGCCCCCCCUCCAAAAUUCAAUCAGUGACCACCCCUUGUGUAAUGAACAGCCCCUCUCAAAAUCCUGCGCUUCGAAUGGUUCGCAUCCUCUGCUGAAAGAACUAGAUGCCAAAGUGCAGUGCCAGCCCGGAGAGCUCGCUCUGCCGCGAACAGGCGUUUUGCAUCUCCUGAGCAUUGAUGGUUCCCUGCGCUACUGCCCUUCAGCCCUGCCUGGGGUGAUGGACUCUGGAGGGAUUCACAGCUUGGAGCCCUAGGCCGCGGGGUUCUGUGACAGUCGCUCACAUGUUUGAGUGUUGGUUGAAGUCUGACACCUGGUUUUGCAUUAUUCCACAUGCCAUGUCUCUGAAUCUUUCGAAGGCAGCACGUAGCACUUCUGCUGGGGAGAACUGAUCAGCAAUUACAGUCUUAUUAAAAAUAGGAUCAGGGAAUGCCCCCCUGGAACCAGUGUGACACCAUCCAGCUAGGGAGGAUGUUCCAAAACAGGAAACCAAGCUGCUGAAAAGAUUUUCUCUCUCUCUCUCAAACUCUGCCCGGGAUAGGGGAACCCUCCCCCACGGCUGGUUUCUUUAGUCCCACGGCUGGUUUCUCUAGUGCCACGGCGCGGUGCUGUCUGUAUUUUAUAUUUACCAAAAAUAAACCACUCCAGACCAGCUGUAAGCACUGCA